UUCGCCAGCGUGCAAGUGCCGGCUGCCGCCUUCCUGGGCUCCGCGCCCCCCGGCGCGCCCGGCACCCGCGGCCGCCUCAACUCCUUCACUCAGGGAAUCCUGCCCGCCGCCUUCGCAAGGCCCGUCCCGCCGCCCUACUGCUGUCUGGAGCAGGGCGCGCCCGGCGCCGGCGCCUUCGACCUGCAGAGGUCCCGACGUCGUUUGAUCUCCCAGCGGUCUUCUCUGGAGACUUUGGAGGAUAUUGAAGAGAAUGCUCCACUUCGGAGAUGUCAGACUCUGUCAGGUUCACCCAGACCAAAGAACUUUAAGAAGGUUCAUUUCAUCAAGAACAUGAGGCAACAUGAUACUAGAAAUGGCAGAAUAGUCCUUAUCAGUGGCAGAAGAUCCUUCUGUAGCAUAUUUUCAGUGCUGCCAUAUCGAGACUGUUCACAAAUCGGGGAUAUGAAAUUGGAAGGUGGACGUCAGUGUCAUUCUACUGGAGGAGUGUACUUAAAAGAGAUAAUUGGUCUUGAAGGUGUGGAACUAGGUGCUGAUGGAAAGACAGUCUCUUACACACAGUUUCUAUUUCCAACUAAUGCCUUGGGAACAAGGAGAAACACGAUAGACUCCACCUCAUCCUUCUCCCAGUUUCGCAAUGCAAGCCAUCGUAGCCUUUCUUUGGCAAGGGCUAACAGCACCCAAGGGAGCAUUGACACAGGUAGUGACCUGGGAGACUAUAUUGAAUAUGACCCAAAUCUUUUAGAUGAUCCUCAGUGGCCAUGUGGCAAACACAAGCGGGUUUUAAUAUUCCCUUCAUAUAUGACUACAGUAAUCGACUAUGUGAAGCCAUCAGAUCUCAAGAAGGACAUGAAUGAGACCUUCAAAGAGAAGUUCCCUCACAUUAAGUUAACUCUCAGCAAAAUAAGAAGUCUGAAGAGAGAGAUGCGCAAACUUGCUCAAGAUGAGUGCAGUUUUGAGGAGCCCACUGUGGCCAUGGCCUUUGUCUACUUUGAGAAGCUUGCUCUCAAGGGGAAGUUGAACAAGCAGAAUAGAAAGCUUUGUGCUGGAGCAUGUGUCCUACUAGCGGCCAAAAUUGGCAGUGACCUCAGAAAACAUGAAGUAAAGCAUCUUAUAGACAAACUGGAAGAGAAGUUCCGGCUGAACAGGCGAGAACUGAUAGCCUUUGAAUUCCCAGUGUUAGUGGCCUUGGAAUUUGCUCUCCAUCUCCCUGAACACGAAGUGAUGCCACAUUAUAGACGUUUGAUACAAAACUCCUAGCAUAGGCUACCCUUCCUGGAAGGGGAGUUAAAACUGUUUCCACUUAGCUCUGUGGAGUUGCAGAUACUACUGGAAAUGCAAAAAUGGGACUUGAUACCAAAAUUUUCUUCUCUCCAACACGUUUUUUCCCAUCAACGUAUUGGAACACUACAUAGAAGUUCUUAAGACUCAUGUUUAUGAACUUAUGUAUCUUUAAUUACUCAGAGCAGGUGAAGAAUGAGGUGCAUGUUGAAUAAUUACAAACUGAUGCUGGAAUAGGGUGCAACGGUGGGGACCAAGAUUGUACAUGUAGUUACCCGCAUCAAUCAUGCAAGAACAAGAAUGACAGCAGAUUCCAUUCCUGCCUCCUACAAAUCACACAUACCCCCUGCAAGCAUAGUAGAGUGCAUUCUUGUAGUGCUUUUUUUUACAGACCUGCUCCAACUUGCAAAAGGACUUCACAACAUUGUGAAAAAGCUUUUAAAAAGAUAUCUUCACUGUGUCAGAGAGUGUGCCAAUCUAUUUUUGUAUCAGGUAUUGAAAGUGCACUUUUUCCUGUGGGGUGUUUGUAUGUGUGACUCUGAUUGGUUUUGGUCCAGGUGGCUGGCUUGACUAUUUCAGAGGCUAUCAGUUACUAAUGUUGAAGAUCAAGGUGACUUUGUGUUUACUUCAAAACAUAACUACUGGAAAAGUGAUAAAUGGGAUCAUUUUUGGACACUUCCUUUUUUUUAAUCUUUGGUUUUUCAACAUCUUCUACCUUUCUAAAGACUACACUACUACAGCAAGAGGAAAGUCAACAGCUGACUGUACAUUUUUAGUCUUGUAUGUGAAAAGAUGAAAGCAUUUAGUAUGAGAUGUACGUGUAAUGUUUUUCAGAAGUAUCUUGUGUUAAGCCACAUGCAUAUUUUUAACCUUCGCACUUUUCCUGCCGUGGAGAUGGCUAGACUUGCACUCUGUAGUGUUGUAUUUCUGUGCUCUAUGUUAGAGUGCUUAAUAAGCACAUUUAUUGUGCUAAUCUUAAACAGUGUUUUAUAUAUAAAAAAUAAUUAAAAAAAAUCAGGAGUAGGGCUGAGCAGUAUAAGUGGUGUCUUAAAGCUUUGAUAGCAGAGACACCACAUGUUAAUAAGUUUUGAUUUUUAAAUGGAAUUGACUACAAAAUAUAAAAAUCAGUGGCCAUUUAAAUUGUUACUUAUGGUCUAGUACCUUUUAGACAUUUCAGUACUGGAAUUUUACAGUUUCUUUCCUGCAUCUUACAUGAUUCUGGCUGGAAAACCAGAAAAGCUGGACAGAAUCACUCUGGCACUCCAGCAUUAUAUAUGCUAUGCUAACAUGCUUAAGGACAUGUAUUAAGGAAUUAAAUUAUUUUUAUAUAUAAUUAUACAUGUGUCUGACCUUCUCCAAUACCGAUUCACUUGACAAACCCCACAUUCCUAAAAUAUAAAUGCUGAUAAGGUCAAAUAAUAUAUUAAAAGAAAUCUCAACCAGGAAAUUCCUACUGCAGCCUUAUCUCUAUACAUGUGGGAGUGCUUGCUUGUGGGAUGGAAAUGGCUUGUGAACAGAGGGUAUGGGAGUGGUACACCCAAAGAUGUAAACACACCAAUCUUUGCUUUCUUUUACCCUUUGUUUUAUCCAGUUUAUUAAUUUUUCUCCAUUCUACCAGCAAUUGCCCAAGUCAAAAGUCUUGACAGGAAAAUUAAACUAGUGUCUUUUUCUAACCCUGUUGCCCUUAAUCCCCAUGUGAAGAAAACUUUUGACAGAUCUUUCUGUCAUAUCUAGAAGGUCGUGAAAGAAGCCUAGGAAAAAUGGGGCUUUUGCUGGGCAUUACUUUUUCCCAGUCCUGUGUUAAAGGGUCACUGAUUAGUGUCUCAGAUCUACAGUUGAGCCUAUUUUUAAAUUACUUUUUACAUAAUAUGCAUAUUCCUAGUUUUGUGGACCAGAGAAUGGAAUGGUGCUUCCACAAUGAGUUUCAUCAUUGCUGAACUGGAGGCAUAAGACUCAUCUUGCUGAAAGGACUUGGCACUGGGCCACCUCACCAAUAAACCUUGAUUUUGCCAUUUUGCUCUGAUCUCUUAAGCAAUACUGGAAAGUUAUGAGCUGGUGCAGCAUUUUUACAUCUUGUAUUUCAAUACCUUGCUUGUUUAGCUCUAGAGCAGAAGACAGUACAUCAUACACAGGCCCACAAACCAAAGCAUAGCUGUCAUGUCCAAAACUAGUCCUUCCCACCUUGCCAGGGUCCCUAUAUUUAGAGUCAAAAUUAUUUUUCCAUUAAAGAGUUUUUCCUGUUGACACCUUCCUAAAAUUAAGCAGAUGUCUAAUAUAAUGGUAAGACUUCAUUUUACCUUGGAGUCUGGGUUUCACGUUGCUUUACAGUUUUUCAGGGACACAGAGCAAAUCACAAUUGCAAGAUACCAAGUAAGAGAUAGGGGUAGACCUCAGAGGCACUUGAAACAUUGUGUCGUCUUUUGUCUUCUGGGUUGCUACCCAGCCCUAAUCAACAGUUUACAGAAGUUUUGGGGGAUGAAAUCUGAUUGCUGGAGACUUUCUCCUUUCACUUGGAGUAACAUUCAGCUAUAGUUUGAAUGUUGAAUAAAUACUUAAAAGAUGGAAAUAUUGCACUGUUCACUUAAGAACAUAUAUAAAGCCAUAUUAAUACUAAAUAUCAAAGCACAAAGCUUGAUCCGUAUAAUUUUCAUUAGGCCAAAGGGUAGUAUGUCCUCCUCCCCCCCCCCCCUGUAAAAAAAAAAAAAAAAAAAAAAAAAAAAAAAUACAGGCUAAAAUGAUAGAGGAAAUCUGUACCAAAACAGAAAUGUUGAUUGUUUGCCUUUGUCUUGUAUGGUAAUGUGCUGAUUUACAAAUGAUUUUAGGUUUGACAUAACUUAGUUUGGGAAAUAAUCCAUUCCAUAUCAUUCAUAAUAAUUUCAGAUUAUGUACCAUACAAAAAGGUUUGUUUGUUUUUUUUUAAGUGCUGUUUUCUACCAGUAACAGCAAGUAAAAAAACCUAUUCAAUG